AAGUACAAUUGUCAAUACAGUGCACAAAAACACGCGAAGCAGUUGUCAGUGAGCUGGAAACACAUUUAUGUCCCAUCACCGAGAAAAUCCCACUACACAUGUUCACACUUCAACCUUGCUUCGUGACAAAGAAAUUGCUUUCCAACUCAUUUGACAACGGCAGAGUGUAGGAAAGAGUGCAGAAGAAUGUGACAGGUGGAGCCCACUUCUAGCUUUGUAAGGGAAAGCAUCUAGUGUGAACGAAGAAGGGAUCUUAUGCAAGCUGCAGCCAUCACCGUCAUGAUGGAGACAAAUAGCUGCGUCCCUCUCCCUUAGUUAAUAUUGCAUUCACAAAUAAAAAUGCCUCCCGUACCAGUCAAGAUAUUGUGACUGAAUAAAAUAUUCAAUAAAAGUAGACCCGGACGCCGGCAGGGUUGCGUGUCAUUUGCAAUUUAUAAGCAGAUAUGUCACGGCAAUGUGUAAUUUGGAAUUGGAAACAUUUGUGUGGUCGAUUACUGGAUCUGAAAUUUUGGGUUGAGUCCCCUGUUUUCUUUCUGCCUUUUAAGUUUAAGAGUGCAUAUGUUGAACGUGUGGUAAUAGUUUGAACAUCUGUAUACUCGAGUUCAAGAUGUGAAAUUUAGGAUUCAGUCCUCUGUUUUCUUUCUAUCAUUGUUAACCCCCUCUUUAGAUCCAACUCCAAAAUGGAACAGCCUCCAAUGGAACAAUACAAGCCUCCAACCACUGGGCUUCCUUUCCAUAGCGAUUACAGGUAUCAUGUUUUUCUGAGUUAUAGGGGACGCGAUGUCAGAAAGACUCUGGUUGGUCAUCUCUAUGAUGCCAUCUCCGCAGCUGGACUGAAUGUCUUCGUAGAUAGUGAGAAAUUGGAAACGGGGGAAGAUAUUGAGUUGACCUUGUCAAAGGCAAUCGAGAGCAGCGCCAUACGCAUUCCUAUAUUUUCUUUAGGCUACGCAGAGUCAGUAUGGUGUCUGAAAGAGGCUGCUGCAAUGUUGAACACCCCUGGCUUGAUCAUUCCUUUGUUUUAUCAUGUGUAUCCAACUCAUGUUAAAUAUCCUCUAAUGGAGUCCAGUCCGUAUAAGCAAGCAUUUCUCAAACAUUAUGGCCAUCCAGAUCGAUACCGAAGAGAAGAGAUUGACGAAUGGAAGGAUGCCCUUCAGCAGAUCUGUUCCAACUCAGGCUGGUCGCCGGAUGUAACUGGAGGAAGAGAAGCGAAGCUUGUCAAGAUGAUUGUGCAUGACCUGAUUCAAACAUUAAAAGGUGCGGUUGUCACAUACAAGCCUCCCACAACUAAACUUCCCUUCCACAGCAGUAAGAGGUAUCAUGUGUUUCUGAGUUUCAGGGGAGCAGAUGUCAGAAACACUCUGGUUGCUCAUCUCUAUCAAGCUCUCUCCGCAGCAGGAUUAGUUGUCUUCUUAGACAGUGAAAAACUGGAAAAGGGGGAAAUAAUUGGGUUGAGCUUGGUAAAAGCAAUCGAGAGCAGUGCCAUACGCAUUCCUAUAUUUUCCCAAGGCUAUGUGGGCUCGGCUUGGUGUCUCAAGGAGGCCGCUGCAAUGUUGAGGACCCCUGGUCUGAUUAUUCCCCUGUUUUACCAUGUGGAUCCAGCUCAUGUUAGAUAUCCUCUAAAGGAGUCCAGUCCGUAUAAGCAAGCAUUUCUCAGACAUUAUGCCCAUCCAGAUAGAUAUUCAAGAGAAGAGAUUGACGAAUGGAAGGAUGCCCUUCUCCAGAUCUGUUCCAACUCAGGCUGGUGCAUGGAUAUAACCCAAGGCUCAGAAGCUCGGCUAAUAAAGGAGAUUGUGAACAAACUGAAUAAAACGUUCGAUAGAAGGCCGUUACAAGUUGCCCAGCAUCCAGUGGGAUUGGACACCAUGAAGAACUCUCUCUUUCAGAAAUUAAAUCUCAGUUCAGUAGACGGGGUUAUUAAAGUUGGAAUAUGGGGUAUUGGUGGUGCGGGCAAGACCACAGUUACCAAGGCCGUGUUCAACGAUAUUUAUGAUGAUUUUGAAGCUGCUUCUUUUGUACCUAAUAUCCGUACCUCCACAGACCUUACAAAAUUGCAGAAACGAAUUCUUCAUGAUUUGACCGAAUAUAAUGGAAAAGUUCAGAGUACUUCUAAGGGCAUUUCUUUGCUGAGAGAGCGUUUGGGAGAAAAGCGUGUUCUGCUUAUCCUGGAUGAUGUGGAUGCUGUCGUACAAUUGGAUGCUUUGAUUGGGGAUUGGCUGGCCCCGGGAAGCAGAGUCAUUAUAACUUCCAGGGACAAACACAUUCUCAAUGUUGCUCUGGUGGAGUGCAUCCACGAGAUGAGUACAUUAGAGAUAAAUGAUGCUCUCGAGUUAUUCAGUUGGAAUGCUUUUAGCAGGAAAUCUCCAAGUCCUGAACACGAAAAAUCGUCCAAUAAAAUAGUGGAAGCUUGUAAGGGUCAUCCUCUUUCUUUGGAAGUGAUCGGAUCUUUCUUACAUGAUGAACAGAAUGACUCAGAUUGCUGGGAAAAAACUCUUCGCAACAUUACUCACAACAUCGAAAUUCACAACACACUAUACAGCAGUUAUAGUGGUCUCAAUGAUGUUGAAAAAGAAAUAUUUGUUGAUAUUGCUUGCUUUUUCAUUGGUGAGCAUAAAAUAUUUCCAAUUGCUUUCUGGAAAUCCUUAUAUGAGAUGGUAGACACUGCCAUAUGUAAUCUUUCGAUGAAGUUACUGAUAAAAAUUGAUAAAGAAGGUGUGUUUGAGAUGGAUGACCAUUUGCGAGAUAUGGGACGAACCGUUGCUGAAAAACAAGGUAUCCGACUAUGGAAGGCUGCCCAAAUGAACACCAUAUCCAACUUCAAUUUUUCUCGCCUUCGGCUCAACGGAGGCAAUCCACAAGGGCUUAAAAUGUUGUGCAAACAUGGUCUUCACUAUCUUCAUUUGCACGCUUUAUUCAUUAAAGGCACGCUAGAAGACAUGCUGGCCAUGCUUCCUCGAGGUUUGAUAUGGUUAAGAUUGGAAGAUUGUACCUUUGCAAAUGGAAAGAAUAGAGCAACAAAGAGGCCAGAUCACUCCAGUCUUCUGGAUAACCUUAAGCAAUUGAAGACUCUGCAAGUAAUAGUCUGUAAUGGCGUUGAAAGUCUUUCUGCCUCUUCUCUAUUUUUACUUGCUGAUAUAGAACUACAACACUUGGAGAUAAAAGGGUGUAGAAAUUUAAAUAACCUUCCUGAUACUAUUGACAAACUCUCACAGUUACGACAUUUGGAAUUGAGAGGGUGUAAAAGUUUAAAUAAGCUCCCUUAUACCAUUGGCAACCUGGCACAGCUAGAGCACUUGGAUUUGAAAAGGUGUAAAAACCUAGAAAAUCUCCCUGAUAGUAUUGGCAACCUGUCACAGCUGCGGCACUUAGACUUGGGAUAUUGUGAUAGGUUAAAUUAUAUCCCUGAUACCCUUGGCAACCUGUCACGGCUGCAACACUUAAAUUUGAGAGGGUGUAGUAGUCUAAAGAAACUCCCUCAUACCAUUGGCAACAUGCAGCACUUAGACUUGGGAUGGUGUGAUAAAUCAAAUAAUCUCUACGAGACAAUUGAAGACCUGCCACAGUUGCAGCACUUAGAUUUGAGAGGGUGUAGACCUGGGAGGGUUGAAGAAUUAGCACCGUCUACAUCUACUUCUAGUGGAUCAUCAAUGUUUGCUACUGAAAAGUGCAUGCCUCCCACCACUGAACUUGCCUUCCAAACAGAUAAGAGGUAUCAUGUGUUUCUGAGUUUCAGGGGACCAGAUGUCAGAAACACUCUGGUUGAUCAUCUUUUUGAAGCUCUUUUAGCAGCAGGACUCAAUGUCUUUAGGCACAGCGAGAAAUUGGAAAGGGGGGAAAUAAAUUCACUAAGCUUGGAAAAAGAAAUCGAGAGCAGUGCCGUACGCAUUCCUAUAUUUUCCCAAGGCUAUGCGGACUCGGCUUGGUGUCUCAAGGAGGCCGCUGAAAUGUUGAGGACCCCUGGUUUGAUUAUUCCCCUGUUUUACCAUGUGGAUCCAACUUAUGUUGGAUAUCCUCUAAAGGAGUACAGUCCGUAUGAGCAAGCAUUUCUCAGAUAUUAUGCCCAUCCAGAUAGAUAUUCAAGAGAAGAGAUUGACGAAUGGAAGGAUGCCCUUCUCCAGAUCUGUUCCAACUCAGGCUGGUCCAUGGAUAUAACCCAAGGAAGAGAAGCGAAGCUUGUCAAGAUGAUUGUGCAUGACCUGAUUCAAACAUUAAAAGGUGCGGUUGUCACAUACAAGCCUCCCACAACUAAACUUCCCUUCCACAGCAGUAAGAGGUAUCAUGUGUUUCUGAGUUUCAGGGGAGCAGAUGUCAGAAACACUCUGGUUGCUCAUCUCUAUCAAGCUCUCUCCGCAGCAGGAUUAGUUGUCUUCUUAGACAGUGAAAAACUGGAAAAGGGGGAAAUAAUUGGGUUGAGCUUGGUAAAAGCAAUCGAGAGCAGUGCCAUACGCAUUCCUAUAUUUUCCCAAGGCUAUGCGGACUCGGCUUGGUGUCUCAAGGAGGCCGCUGCAAUGUUGAGGACCCCUGGUUUGAUUAUUCCCCUGUUUUACCGUGUGGAUCCAACUCAUGUUAGAUACCCUGAAAACGAGUCCAGUCCGUAUAAGGAAUCAUUCCUCAAACAUUAUGGCCGUUCAGAUCGAUACCCAAGAGGAGAGAUUGACGAAUGGAAGGAUGCCCUUUUCCAGAUCUGUUCCAACUCAGGCUGGUCCAUGCGUAUAACUGGAGGAAAUGAAGCACGGCUUGUAAAGAUGGUAGUGAAUGACCUGCUCCAAACGUUGGACAAAGUGCCGUUACAAGUUGCCAAGUACCCAGUGGGAAUGGACAAAGUGAUGAAUGCUUUGAUUCCGAAAUUAAAUCUCAGUUACGUGGAUGAUGUGGUCAAAAUUGGAAUAUGUGGUGCUGGGGGUACUGGCAAGACCACAGUUGCUAAGGCCCUAUAUAAUGAAGUUUAUGCUGGUUUUGAUGCUGCUUCAUUUGUUUUCAGUGUCUGCACUACUGCUAAAAACCCCAUAGACCUUCCUAAAUUGCAGAAACAAAUUCUCUCAGACAUAUCCAAUUAUGAUGAAGAAGUGGACAGCAUUGACAAGGGCAUAUCUUUGUUCAAAGAUCGUCUGAGAGGAAAGCGUAUUGUGCUUGUCUUGGAUGAUGUGGACGCUGUUCAGCAAUUGAAUGCUCUAGUUGGAGAUUGGCUAGCCCCUGGCAGCAUAGUUAUUAUAACUUCCAGAGAUAAACACAUUCUAGAUGUUGCUGGGGUCUCAUCCGAAUGCAUCCACAAGAUGACUGGAUUAGAGAUAAAUGAAGGUCUCCAAUUAUUUUGCUGGCAUGCUUUUCACAAUGCAUCUCCAAGUCCUAAAUACGAACAUAUGUCAAGGAGAAUAGUGGAAGCUUGUAAGGGUAAUCCUCUUACAUUGGAAGAGACUGGAUCUUUCUUAUAUGAUAAACAGGAUGAAACAAGUUGCUGGACGGAAGCUCUUCGCAAGCUUCAGCUGUAGUGUUGACUGAUUGUAAUGGAGUUUCCUGUGUUGCCAGGAUAGAAAUUGAGACAUUCUCAGCUCUUUUAGAUGGUUGCUAUAUAAAAGCGAAAUUGAAGUAGAAUCAUACUUUUAUAUAAGUUUUAUUUGAUUAAACGGCAUGAUUUAAGAGCUUUGAGUUA